AUGCCUAGGUGGAAAAAGGGAUAUAUCCGGCUGUGCCCAGCAUCAGAUACCAAACGGACCGACGGCAGCUCGACAUAUACGAUGGCAACACGCGUGUGCACAAGGUACACAAUAGACAGUGAUCGUUCCAAUCCGGGUGUCAGCACCGUCAAUGUCAAUCCAUCUUCACGACUCUCGGGAACCUGUCGACGAAGACCCAAGGGAAAGCUCGCCACCCGCGAUUACCCCAGCACUAGUCAUCAUCCUCCCACUCCCCCUCCCCUCCCUCGUCUCGAUCUCGGUAUGCACUUGUACUUCUGGGUCAACCAAGAUGGACCCCACACACAACCUUAA